UAUGCAGACAGUUUAGUUGAAGUAGUGAAGUAGUGCACUUCUAUGAAGAGUCAAUUCUUCAGUUCAACAAAGUGUAAUCAUUGACAAACGACAAUGUCUACUGGUGGAUACGAAGAAUGCGCCACUUACGAUAACUCCUGGCACAUCAUACCGCCGGAUUAUGUCCACAUGGAGGACGAAUACCGAUACACGUUGUUGGACAGUAUGAAGAUGACGGGGCCGAUGGGAAACCCAAGGCAGCCGGCCGGGUUUGCCAUCAGCGAUAUUUUGGAGUUGGACAGGAACAGCAACGUCGGGAUGGAUCAGCCGCCGGAUGCGCCCUUGUACAAUCAUCCCGCACACGACAUUGGGGGCUACGUCCCCAUUUCCAGGCACUGGACGACGCCGCCGGAAGCUCUUCACCACCCCCAUCAGCACAUCCAGCCCCACCCCGCCCAACUGAGCCCCGACAGUACCAGCCCCGCCAUCUCGGACCGGUCCAGCGUCGAUCCCACCGGCUCCUUAGACAACCUCCCGUCCCAGAACGGUACCACCACUUCGGCGACCAGCGACCGGGAUCCCGACGAGGACAACUCUGAAGACUGCAAAGACCCGCACCUCGUCGAGCAGCACGAGCAGCAGUCCGGCAGCCAUAAGAAGCGCAAGCGACGAGUGCUCUUCUCCAAGGCGCAGACCUACGAGCUGGAGAGGCGGUUCCGCCAGCAGCGGUACCUCUCGGCUCCGGAGAGGGAGCACCUGGCCUCGAUCAUCAGGCUGACGCCCACGCAAGUCAAGAUUUGGUUCCAAAAUCACAGAUACAAGACGAAACGUGCCCAGCACGAAAAGGGCAUGCACGACCAACAAAACAACCCCCUGCCUUCGCCCCGCCGUGUCGCCGUCCCCGUCCUCGUAAGGGACGGCAAGCCUUGCCUCAGUGGUGGCCCCAAGCACGCCGAUCCUGGAUCGCUGCAGGUCCCCGGGGCGCCAAUGAUGAUGGGCGCCCACGGGCCCCUCAUGUACGGCCAGCCUCGUGUGUGGUGGUGAUCUCGUUCCUGUAGCCAAAUUCCGUUAAAAUCCGAAAAACCAAAAAUUUGAAAAAAUUCAGUGUUGCUAAGCAAUGAAAUCAGUGCGAACGUUCAUACACAGAUAAGAUACUUAAUUAUCAACCGUUGUGAUCUAGUAAAUCGAAUGAGGACACGUUGGAAUAUGAUCCGAUUGUAUUUUUGUCAAGGUUGAUGGCGCGACUUGCGUCGUUCCUAAAGUCCGUUUAUUCAGCUUGGUCGGCUGCGAGAACGUUUUUUCAAAAUUUCGAAAAUCCUGUUUGACAGUUGUUUACCGGUGAGGUAUGUUUUACACGGUUCAGUCUUAGAAAUCCGUGAUUGUUAAUAAUUUUGUAAUGUAUUUAAAGGCAAAAGCGUUAGAAAUCGAUAAAAAUUCAAAUUACAAUCGAAUUGUUGAAUUUUUGUCAGCCGACAAGGCUAAAUAGAUGGACUUGAAGCAAAGCAGGGCUGAGUUCGCAAUGGUUUAUGUUCGUCGUUGUAUUUAAAACAUUGUAAAUUGUAUAUGUGUAAAUAGACUUGUAGACUUGUGUACAGUAGGUUAGAAUGGUUGAAUUCAGUGGCCGAUGUCAUAGUCUAAUUCUAGUCUGCAUUCUGUUUGUGGACGUUAAGUACUUAAGCUGAUUUUCAACUGUACAAAUUAAUUUAUUAAAUCCAAUAAAAGACAUUCCACCAUUGAAUAA